AUGGUAUGUGAUGAAAUACCAUGUUCGCAUGCUUGGGCCAUUUUAAAGAAGAAACAUUUUGAUGUUGGACCAUAUUGUUCUGACAUGUACAAGCUAAGUAACUUGUUGGAUACAUACAACAUUCCAAUUAUUCCCUUAACUGAUCAAAAUGAGUGGAAUGCACCUGGGUACAUUAAGGAUGACAUAGUGCGGCCUCCAAAGCACAAAAAACUACCUGGAAGGCCAUCCAAGAAGUAUCGUGACGAGGCGUACAACAAGCUAUAUGGGAAGAAGAACAAGAAUUCUUGUAGUACUUGUGGGUUUAAGGGGAACAUUAGGCGUUCGUGUAGGAAUGGACCGCGUAUUGUUUAG